CCGGCGGCUGCGGCCGGGCCGCUCACCACGGACGAGAACCUCGCCCUCCGAAAAAGGUUCCUCGCUCCGUCGCAGAAAAUGCACUAUGACGGCAGCGAGGCCGGGCCGCUGCACCUGACCCGCGGCCGCGGCGCAUACCUGUACGACACCGACGGCGCGGCACACCUCGACUGCGUCAACAACGUCGCGCACGUCGGCCACUGCCACCCGCGCGUCGUUGCAGCCGCGACGAGGCAGCUCGAGACGCUCAACACAAACAGCCGGUACGUGCACGACAACAUCGCCCGGCUGGCGGCGGCGCUGACGGCGACGCUGCCCGCGCCGCUCGACACCGUCUUCUUCGUCAACUCGGGCACCGAGGCCAACGACCUCGCGAUCCGGCUCGCGCGCAAGCGGACGGGGCGGCAGCAGAUGGUUUGCGUGGACGGCGCGUACCACGGACACUCGGUGGCGACUCUCGCCGCGACUUCGGCCGCUGCCGCCCAGUAUGCCGAAGUGCUGCGGGCUGGGCCUGCCCCGGCCGCCUUCCUCGUCGAGUCUGUCAUGUGCUGCGGCGGGCAGGUGCAGCUGCCGCGGGGCUACCUGGGACGCAUGUACGAGCAGACGCGCGCCGCCGGCGGCCUCGCCAUCGCCGACGAGGUCCAGACCGGCUUCGGGCGGAGCGGGUCUUCGUUUUGGGCGUUCGAGUCGCACGGCGUCGUCCCCGACAUCGUAACGAUGGGCAAGCCGAUGGGGAACGGGUUCCCGCUCGCCGCGGUUGUGACGACGGGCGAGGUGGCCGACGCCUUCCGCUCCUCCGAGUACUUCAACACGUUCGGAGGCAACACCGUCGCGUGCGCCGUCGGGCUCGAGGUACUCGCCAUCCUCGAGGAGGAGCGGCUGCAGGAGAGCGCCCGCCGCGUGGGCGCGCACACCCUCUCGCGCCUCCGCGAAGUCGGCGACUCGCGCGGCGCGGUCGGCGACGUGCGAGGGCGUGGCCUGCUGCUCGGCGUCGAGCUAGUCAGGGACCGCGGCACGCGCGAGCCCGACCCCGAGCUCGCCGCCUUCGCGAUGGGCAGGAUGCGCGCCGAGCGCGUCCUCGUCUCGACCGACGGGCCGCACCGCAACGUCCUCAAGAUCAAGCCGCCGAUGUGCUUCUCCGACGAGGAUGCAGACGCGCUCGCGUCGGCGCUCGACUCGGCCCUCGCGGCGGGCGAGCGCGAGUUGCCGGCCGGGCGCACAGGCGUGCGACCGCCGGUGCCCGCUCUCCUCUCCUACCUCUGAUGGGCGCCGCGCGCGCGUGCGCCGCCGCGCACGAAGAGGUUCGCGCUUCGCGCGGGGGCCGCGGCAAACUGUCUUAUUAGUGCGGGUGCGGGGAGACAAGGGCUGCUGUCUACUUUCUCUAAUUCUCACUUCU